GCUGCCACUCUCCGGUGACCCGAUGGCUCUGGAGGCUGGUUCUGUUGUUGCUAUGACGUCAGCGUGCGCUACAGUGGAGCUGGCGACACGAGUGGGCUAUAAAAGCCGGGUUGAAGGCUGCAGCUUUGGUGCUCCGAGCUCCUUCUGUGCUCCGGCUUGACGUCAGGCUGCCCAUGAGGGAGGGCUGUGCAGGGGGGGAUCAAGAUGCACUUUCGGAGCUUCACACCCAUCGUGUUGCUAGUGAUGACUUCACUGGCUUUGCUGCACGGAGCCAAAUGGACGUACAGUGGGCCAGAAGGUCAACACUACUGGCCAAAGCAAUUUCCAUACUGCGGUGGAGCUUUCCAGUCACCGAUAGACCUCAAGCCAGCGCUGUUAAGGUUUGACCCAACUUUGCGCCCAAUCGAGAUUCAAAACUACAACCUGUCGCCGAAUGAGCAGCUUACACUGGGAAAUAAUGGACAUUCUGUGCAAAUAUCCCUGCCCUCUAAGAUGCACAUCUCCAGCCUGCCUCACCGUUACACUGCAGCCCAACUUCAUUUGCACUGGGGCUCCUCCGGUAGAGUCGCAGGCUCUGAACACACGGUGAACAGUAAGCAGUAUGCAGCCGAGUUGCACAUUGUGCACUUCAAUUCGGACAAGUAUGCCACUAUAUCCAUGGCUGUAGACAAAUCUGACGGCCUGGCUGUGCUUGGUGCCCUGAUUGAGGUUGGAGAGUUCAAUCCGGCCUUUGAAAAGUUUUUGAGGUUCCUCAAUGGUUUCAAAUACAAGGGUCAGAAAGUGCAGGUGCCAGGAUUCAACAUCAGGGAACUGCUGCCCCCCCGUUUGGAUGAAUAUUACCGCUACGACGGGUCACUGACGACACCCCCUUGCUAUCCCAGUGUCCUGUGGACAGUGUUCCGAAAUCCCAUCACAAUAUCUCGCAUGCAGUUUUUGGCCCUGGCAACAUCCCUCUACUCUUCUAAUGUCCAAGACUCGGCUCUUGUGCCUCUGAAUGUAAACUACAGGAGAACACAACCAUUAGACAACCGAGUUGUGCUGACUUCUUUCAAGGAGGGCAAUGGACUGCAAGGUACUCUUACAGGUCCAUCUCCUCUCAAGAGAAAGCAAAUUGUUCAGCAGCUGAUGGUCGGUGACUUAGCAGACCUGGCUGAUGAGGGGCUCUAUCAGCUCCUACCAAGUGACUCAGAGAAGGUCCAUAGUAAGAAGAAAGACUUCAGGCACCAGGGGGCCGAGACUCGGGCCAAAUCCAAAGAACAAUCUCUGAAUUCCCCCCUUUGGAGCAAGAGCCAAACCGACGGUCCUGUGGCAAAGGUCGGGCUGGCUGAAGACACUCUGUGCUUUGUUUCCCUGGAGCAGAGGGUGACCCAUCAGCAAAAACACAUUCAUGCCGAGGAUCAGCUGGUUCAGGCUCUCCGAGAUGCAGCUUUCCCUGAGCUCAACCUCAAGAGCUACCUGGGCUGUAAGUCGGAUUUGGCCCUCCCCACUAUCAGACACAUUCUCCACGGACGGCCGACAGAUGAAGCCAAUGAGUUAGAGCUCUCACUGAAAAAAGCCUUCGGUAAGAAAAAGAAACCCACAGCAACCAAGCAAAGUGAGCCAGGAACAAAGUUCGGCGGUUUCUACACUGCUACCGUUUCCAGGAAGCCACAGAGCCAAGGUCCUCCACACCCGUGGCUUUUGCCAAUGGAGUGGGAAGACUAGAGAGAUUCCUGACGUAGUGGUGACUCAAAUGAGGACGCUCUCGGUUGCAGUCUUCUCCUGUCGUGGGCCCCUUAAAUGAAAGACUCAUUUACGAGCCCCACUCUGAAUUCAUCGUUUAAUUUAUUUUUGUUUCCAGUAUGAGUACUUGUACUGAUAAUAUGAUUUCUAACAUAAAAAAGUAGCACGAGCUUUAACAUCUUUGCGCUACAUAAUAGCACACAAAAUGUGUGUCAUAGAAUUAGCAUCGGGUUCUCGAUCCACCGAGCACAGUCCUUAUAGUAUGAUAAUUGUGGAGGUUGACUAGUAAUUACUGUUACAACAGAGCUCAUGCAAAGAGAGAACAUAAGCGCUUCAUGUACCAUCCCUGUCAUCUUCUGCAGUUUGUUGUUUUGUUCAAAAUGCUACUUACAACCAGUAAUGAAAAAGCUGCUGUACGUGGGGAAUUAUUGUCAAUAAAAGCAUUGUGCAAUACAUGGCAAAUUUCUUCCCUGAUGCAUUUGCACUUUUCACUGAGAACUUGCAUUUAGAUUAUAGUAUUUUUUCACAAACACAACAGGCUGGAGUCUCUGCACACACUGGGCAAAACUGUGCUAGACCAUAUUCUUGGGUUGGACCAUGACGAAUGAACCCUUUUGGUUUGAGCACACGCACACAGGUCAUCAGGCUUCCUGUCUGUCUGUGGUUACGCACAACCUAACGCCGCUACGUUUCAUGGUGGAAGUACCAUUGCUUUGCCUUUCAGAUUGUAACAGCCACACAAGCGUGCUCAGCACAGCGGCAGCCGCUGACCCGCUGUUGCACGUGCGCAUGUGGUGUUAACCCAUGAAGCGUUGUGGCUGAGGCCGAAGAUGCUUCGGUUAACCCUCAAAAUGUGUUGAAGGGGGGAAAAAUACUGACAUCGAAAACAAUAAAAAAAUUCAAACAGAGAGAGUUUUGUGACUUGAACUUGAACUUUUGCAACACGAUCACACUCAAGCAAAGGGGAGACUCCAUAUGGCAUUGUCUAGAACAAAUGCUAAGUGUUAAGUCAUGAUCACAUGCAUUUCCAUGAGUUUAAUGUGAAACAUGAUGUGUGUUACAGUAUUAUGCAUUAAGCCUUUUGUCUGCCUUUCUAAGUGAGUCUUCAAGUUUAAGCUUAUUGGUCAGCUCACUUGAAACAAGGGUUAUGUUAAAGCAGACAGAUUCCUAAA